AGAAGAAGAAGAAGAGUGCGAUGGGGUCACGCGUCUGCUGUUUGAUUGAGAGCAACUCAGCGAUUUCUCCCGCGGCGCUGAAAGGCGCGAUGAACGCGUGAAAAUGUUCGGCUGCGUUUUGAGAAAACUGCGCUGGAAGAGAAACGGCGCGCGCAGAAGCGUGUGCACGAGACAGCCCGAGGUGCGCGUCAGAUUCGCUCCGAGUCCCACAGGUGAAACACACGAGAUUAAAAGCAACGGGGUUUCUUCAUCUCGGAGGUCUGCGCACGGCUCUCUAUAACUACCUGUUCGCCAAGCAGCGCGGCGGCGCGCUCAUCCUGCGCCUGGAGGACACGGACCGCGCGCGCCUGAUCCCCGGGGCCGCGGACGCUAUUGAAGACAUGCUGGAGUGGGCAGGAAUCCCUCCAGAUGAAAGCAGCCGCAGAGGAGGGCAUUAUGGGCCGUACGUUCAGUCUGAACGGCUGCAGCUCUACUCACAGGCCGCAUCAUCUCUGCUGCACACAGGCCACGCCUACUACUGCUUCUGCACCAAUCAGAGGCUGGAGCUGCUGAAGAGAGAGGCGCAGCGGAGCGGACACGUACCGCGCUAUGAUAACCGGUGUCGGCACCUGCAGCCAGAGCAGAUCCGGGAGAAGCUGGCGCUCGGCGUCCCUCACGUGGUCCGCUUCAGACUGGAUGCCGGCGCCGAGCCCUUUCAGGACCUGGUGUUCGGCUGGACCCGGCACGAGGUGGCCGCGGUGGAGGGCGACCCAGUCAUCCUGAAGGCCGACGGAUUCCCCACGUACCACCUGGCCAGCGUGGUGGACGACCAUCACAUGCGUAUCAGUCAUGUGCUGCGCGGCUCCGAGUGGCUGAUCUCCACCGCCAAACACCUGCAGCUGUUUGCCGCGCUGCGCUGGAGUCCGCCGGCGUACGCUCACCUGCCGCUGCUGCUCAACCGCGACGGCAGCAAACUCUCCAAACGGCAGGGUGACAUCUUCAUCCAGCACUUCAGAGAGCAGGGCGUCCUCCCCGAGACCCUGCUGGACCUCGUCACUCACGCCGGGUCCGGGUUCAACAAUAAUCGGAUCGGUCGACAUCUGGACGAAUUAAUUCAGGAGUUUAACAUUUCCAAGAUCACGACACACUCUGCUCUGCUGGAUCUGGACAAAUUAGACGAGUUCAACAGGGUUCAUCUGCAGCGCAGGAUCGAGGAUCAGCAGAUGUGUGCGGAGCUGCGGGACGAGCUGCGUCAGCGGCUUCUUCACACACACGGCUCCGACAUCAGUGACCGCGCCGUACUGGAGCCGCACUACAUACAGAGAGUCCUGCGGCUGCGCAAGGGUCACAUCUGUUCUCUGCGGGAGCUGCUGGAUCACUCGUAUUCCUACCUGUGGAUCCGUCCGCGCGUCUCGCUGCAGCAGCUGAAGGACGUGAGCGUGGAGGCGGCCGUCAUCGCAGUGGCUGUCAUACAGCUGGUUGGAGCCGGCGGCUCGUUCUCGUCCACAGACCAACUGAACCGUGAGCUGAAGCUGAUGGCCAGCAGACUGAACACCAAAUACAGCAGCGUGAUGAGAGUGCUGAGACUGGCUCUGAGCGCACAGCAGAAGGGUCCCAGUGUGGCAGAGAUGAUGCUUUCUCUGGGUGAACAGGAGGUGUGUGUCCGUCUUCAGAAAGCUCUAGACUUAACCAACGACUCGAUCUGUGUUGAAUAAAGUGGAUGUAAAUAUUGA